GUGCUGGCGGGGUUGGCGACGGUGUUUGGCGGCGUGAGGACGAACCCCUGGGCGGUGGGCAGCUGCCUCACGCAGCGGCGCUUCGUGCACCUGGUGGAGCGCACCGUGGCGGCACAGCCAUGGGUGCACGCCGUGGGGUACAUGGCCGUCAUCAACGGAUCCGACAGGGCGGCCUUUGAGCAGCGGGCGCAGUGCAAGCUGUUGGACAUCUUGGGCAAGCCGGCCCCGGAGGCGGAUUGGUACAUGAACUCGCGCGUGUGGUUCCAGGAGAACCCGCCCAUACCGCUGCUCGAGAUGACCUCCACGUGUGUGAACGUGCGCACACACCCCUCGUACGGACCCGGGCUCUCCCACAUGCACCAGCUGCCCGCCAACCAGCUCAACAUGCCCUACGUGCUUGAUAACGGCGAGGCUGGCAUGGGCAUGGGAUUCCCAAUCUUCAGGGACGGCGUGACCACAGCCUCGCCGCUGGAGGAGAGGCGGGCGGCGCUGGUGGGGCUGAUAGCGGCGUCCAUCGACUUCAAGAGCCUCGCCGCCUUCAUCAUCAAUGAAGUGCUCCGCCAAGGCGUGGAAUAUUCUCUGGAGGUGUAUGACGUCACUGCCACGGAUAUCCUCCCCAACUCCUCCACCCCGCUGGGCCCGCGCCUGCUGUACGGGGUGGGGGACUUGCCUGAAGGCAAUCCAAUGCAAGUGGCCAAGCUCAUUCCGCCCUCCAACGAGACAAUGCUGCAGCCACACCGACACAAGUCCGUGCAGCAGAUCAAUCUCACCGACACAUCAAGAUCGUACCAGCUCUGGUGCCGCUUCAGUGGCGCCGAUGCGGUCGUCAGCUGGACGUCUGUUCUGCUGGGGGUGGUCAUUGUGGUGGUGGCGGCGCUGUUGGCGGCUAUCGGGGUGAGCGUGGCGUGCAACACGCGGGGCGUGCGCGAGAAGGUGACGGCGCUGGCGGUGCUCAAGGAGAGAACGCAGGUGGCGGAGCGCAACAAGAGUGCCUUCAUCGCCAACACUGCGCAUGAGCUGCGCACCCCCAUCAUCGGCCUGAAAGGCAUGUUGGAGGAGCUGGCGGAGGGGGAGGUGGACGGGCGGCAGAGGGAGGACGUGGGGACGGCGGUGGGCGAGGUGGAGCGCAUCGUGGCGCUCAUCAACGUCGUGCUCGACGUCUCCAAGGCCGAGGCCGGCCGCCUGCACAUGGAGCACCUGCCCUUCCACACCCGCUCCUGGCUCCGGGACGCGCUGCACUCCCAUGCCUGCGCCGCCCACGCGCGCAACCUCAACUUCGCGUGCCGUGUGGAUACGAGUGUGCCCGAGGUGCUGCAGGGGGACUACAUGCGCCUGCAGCAAGUGCUGGACAGCAUCGUGGACAAUGCCAUCAAGUUCACGAGCAGCGGGGGCGUGUGUGUGCGGCUGCAGUGCCUUCCCCCCGACACCCACAUCCCCACCCACCUGCUCUCCCUCGGCUGCCUCGUCGCUGAAGCCACCCCCGGCUGCUCCUCGCCUGCCGCUGCUGCUGCUGCCGAUGCUGCCAGUGCGGGUCUGGCAGCAGAGCCGGUGUCGUGGAGGGAGCAGGUGGAGCAGCGCGGGCUGCUGUGGGCCGUGAUGGGCAACUGGGACCCGCAGCCACUGCGCAACCAGCUGACGUCACUCAGCGCCCGCUUCUCCAUGAGCCCCUGGCGCACCCCUCUGGCGGAGGGGGGGGAGCAGGGUGAGGAGGACGGGGAGGGGGAAGGGAAUGGGGAGGGGGAGGGGGAUUGGGAGGGGGAGGGGGAGGGGGAGGAGGAGGAGGAGGGGGAGGGAGUGGGCCAGAGGGGGGGGAGGGAAGAGGGGGAGGGGGAGAGGCAGGGGCAAGGGAAGGAAGGGUGGAGUGAUGCAGAACACGAGCGCAGGAAAGGUGAGGGGGUUUCGGAACAAUGGAGAGGUGACGGUGGGGGCGCAGCAGUGCGAGAAGAAGGCGAUGGGGAUAGGGCAGUAGGUGGGGGUGCUAGGGUGGGAGGAACAUGUGGUGUGCAGCAAGGUGGGGAGGAGAGUGGUGGGGGGGAGAGGGAAGGAGAGGGUGGCAGUGGUUGGAGAGGAGGGGAGGGGGCGUCAUUGAUGCACAGCCAAGGGGAGGAGGGGGAUGAGCGAGAUAGAGUGGGUCCAUGUGCUAGUGCGCGUGAGGGGGGUGCGCGUGAGGGGGGUGCGCGUGAGGGGGUUGCAGGGGUUGCGUGCGAGGGGGGGAGGAGUGAGAGGGAAGAAUGUUGGGUAGAUGGCACAUGUGAAGCAGGCAGUGAAGCAGCAGCAACAGCAGAAGGUGGUGGUGGCAGGGGCACAUGGAGGGAUGCAGUGAGGAGGUGGUGGCAGGGGCCGGCUGAGGAGCAGAGCACGGUGCAUCCGGGGGAUGCUGGCAGGCGGUGUGUGGUGCUGCUGACAUGUGAGGACACGGGGUGUGGCAUCGCAGAGGAGGAGCAGCGCGACGUGUUUCAGGCGUUCAUGCAGGUGAGCUCACAGCAUGUGUGUUGGGGCACCAAGGAGCGCCUCCCUUUCUACUUCGUCAACCCCCUCUCCUGCUGCUCCAACUUGUCGCAGGUGUCCCUUCUGGGCGGCAGCAUGGGUCUGGUCAGCGCAGAGGGCAUCGGCACCACUCUGCACGUCGCUCUGCCCUUUGAUGCAGCACCACCUCCUCCUUCUCCACCUCCUGCAUCUGCUGCUGCUGCUACCGCUGCUCAUUCCUCUGCUGCCCAGUCCUCUGCUUAUUCCGCUCUAGCUGUUGGUUGUGGUGCUGCCGAGGGGGGCGAGCCCAGCCCCAUUGCCAGAGUGGGCAACAGAAGCUUGAGUGCGAGCGCGGGGGUGGAGGAACGUGGAGAGGCGGAGGGCACAAGCGUGGUGGAGGGGGCGGGUGAGAAGGUGGUGUGCGCCAAGGAGGCUCUCAAGGAGAUGCUUCAGGGCAUGGCGAUCCUGCCGCAUGCCAUCUCCGUCCCGCCGUUCUCAUCCCCUCCCCACCCCCCGUGUAACUCCCCGCACGCACAGGUGGUGGACGACAACGUGAUCAACCGUGGUGGACGACAACGUGAUCAACCGUCCCUCUGUCUCACCCCUCUCCACCCCCCUGUACUCCCUGCACUCACCCAGGUGGUGGACGACAACGUGAUCAACCGUCCCUCUGUGGUGGACGACAACGUGAUCAACCGGCGGGUGGCAGCGAGCACGCUGGCGCGGUACGGGGCGGAGGUGGCGCUGGCAGAGUCGGGCGAGGCGGCGCUGCGCCUGCUGCAGGCACGCCACUCCUUCCGCCUCGUGCUCAUGGAUCUCCACAUGCCCGGCCUUGAUGGCUUUCAGACUACUACCCGCGUGCGCGCCUUCGAGGCCGCCGCUCAGAUGGCCCGGGAAGAACAGGGACAACAGGGGUUGCAGCGCAUGCCAGUGGUGGUGGAGAGUGUGGCAGAGGGGGGGGACGAGGAGGGGGGCUGGCAGUGGCAGCAGCGGGUUCAUGUGGUGGCCAUGUCAGCAGAUGUGGACAGCAGUGUUGCCGCCCGUGCCACAGAGGCUGGCAUGGAUGGUGCCGUGCAGAAGCCACUCAAUGAGAGAGUGCUGCUGCAGGUGCUCUCAACAUUGUUUGUGAAGAGACGGAGGUACAGAACCCACUCGAUGUACUAA